AUGAGUUUGGUCCAUGCCCCUCUGCUGCUGCUUUGGGCCUGGGGAAGUUUCUGGGCUUUUGAAUUUGUAGAAAAGGAGAACAUUUUUCAGAAGACUUCUUGCCCUGCCUUCUUGAUGUUUGAUAAUGCAGCCUACCUGGCCGACAUGAGCUUUGAGCUCCCCUGUCACUGCAAGCCUGAGGAGGUAUCAACUGUAGUCUGGUACUACCAAGAGUACAUAGGGAGCCGCCAUACCAGAGUCCUAACAGAUUUUGAUGGACGAGUGGUGAUUGAUUCGGGGCACAUUAGGGUGGGCAGCAGCAUGCUGGCCCGCUUCAGCAUCCAAAUGUUCAGCUUACUAGUGUUCCGGGCACAGCCUGAGGACUCCGGGCUAUACCUCUGUGGGACACGCCAAGGUAACUAUUUCUAUGGCUAUGAUGUGGACAUACAAAGCAGUCAAAACAUGUUGGCAACAUUCAUUGACCAAGGCCAAAAGCCUCCUAAAGAUGAGGAACAUGGGACCCUCCACAUAUUUACUACCUUCUGGGAGUGGACCCACUGUGAUCGCUGUGGUGUCCGGGGAGAACAAUGGCGGAUUGGUCUCUGCUAUCUGAAUAAACCAGGCCUCUCCCCCCGGGUCCGGAAGACUCUCCCUGAUGUGGUGUCUUGUGGCUCCCAGGCAGUGCCUAGGAAUCUUCAAGAUAUGGCAGAGAGCCACCAUCCACCUGAACUAAUGAUCCGAAGUUGCAUGGUACCCUGCAAGAAGAAGAAGAUCCAGGUGGGUCUGAUGGCCAUCUAUACUUUCAUCUCAAAGAAGAACAGGAAACCCUGGAUUCCCAAAGUACCCAUUCAAUUCCACCAACAGAGGCUUGGCCAUGGGCUUAUCAUCUCCUGUCCUGGGGCUCGUCCAGAACAUGCUGUGGCCUGGGACAAGGACAACCUCCGACUAUACCGUACCAGUUUCCUGAAGGGAGUCAACUGGUCCAUGCGUGUAUUCAUUGACCAUGGCAACCAACUUCAUAUCCGAUUUGCCCGAUUGAAUGACAGGGGAAUCUAUUACUGUUGGCGAGAAGGGGAGAUGGUAGCUGGCUUCCGGUUGGCUGUGACAUCCUGGGGUCCACACCAUGCUUCUCUCUCUGACCCUGAUACCCAAUAUGCCCUAAAGGCUGCCUUGAUAGGCUACCUGCUCCUUACAGCUGUCUUCAUCCUUAUUCACUUAUUCCGCUGCUGCUGUGACCUCUUUUUCUUCUGCUUUUAUCUAUAG